UUGGGCUGGUGGUGGGUGUGCGUGGGGCUUGGUGUCUGCUUAUCCCUGCGUAAACACCGUAUAUUUGCAAAACAUCGCGCAGUCCACUGAGCGGACGGAGGCUCCAAGUUCUUACCGUUGUUUGCAGACGCGAGCAGUGAAAAUGAGUGAGAAGAUGGCGGGCGACCCAUCCGUGUUCCAGGAAACCUUCCAAUCCAUAGUCCAGCAAAACAUAGACGACUUCGAGAUGGAGAGGGAGGAGGCGGUCACCGAUGCCCUGCAGCAGCUGGUCGCCCAGGGCGUAGACACCCGCUUCAUCGUGGCGGACGAGCGGGCGGGCGACGUUCCGACACUGAUCGCCGAGCUGGCGGCGCUGGCGGCCGAGCCGGAGCCGGAGCGACUGUGCGACGCCGACACCGAGCGCAGCCAGCUGCCCGCCGUCUGCGCCCUGCUGCGCCACAUGACGCUGGACGACGACGUGCGCGUGCCGUACGGCCGCGCGCACGAGCACGCGCGCCAGCUGGUGGCCGAGCACGGCCUCCUGGACGCGCUGCUGGAGCUGCUAAAAGGAGCGGUGGACGAGCCGGCGCUGUCAGCCGAGCUCAUCCACACGUGCACAAAGCUGUGCGUGCGCCAGGAGUUCUGCGAGCAGUUCGCCGGCGGCGGCGGCCUGCACACGUUGCUGGAGACCAUGCGUCGCUCACCGAGCCACACGGCGCUGGUCGGCCGGGCCUUUUUCCUCAUCCGGACGCUUGCCGGCUGUGACAAGGUGAAGCGGGCCAUCAUGGACGAGGGCGCGGCGGAGGUCAUCACCGCCGCACUCGACACGCUCAAGGCGAAGGUGCUGGUCUGCGAGUCGGCGUUCGCGGCGAUCGGUGCGCUGACGCUGCGCAGCCAGGAGAACGCCGCCGCCCUGGCCGCGGCCGACGCCAUACCGGUCAUCGUGGCCGCCAUGGAGCUGCACCUGGGCGAGCCCAAGACCCAGAAGCUGGCCUGCAUGGCCGUCAGGAACAUGGUAUCGCGCAGCCCUGAGCUGCGGCCCGUCUUCAGGGAGCUGAACAUUGAGCAGCUGAUCAACCAGGUGCUCCAGGCGCACGGACCGAAGGUGGACGCGGAGGCGCGGGCGGCUCUGCGCGACCUCGACUGCCAGGUGACGCUGAAGGAAGAGUGGACGGGCCGCGGCGGCGCGCUCACCACCGGCCGCAUCACGGAGCCGGAGCGUCCGGACGCCUAGCCGCCGCCGUCGCUGCUGAAGAUGAUGCCGGCGCAGCCUGUGAUACUAACGCCCCGAGGUGCUCCCGUCAUCGCCCAGGCCGGCCAGCACGCUGUGAUACUCGCCUCUCUCGCACCACGCCGCCUGCCCGGCGGACUCGGCCGCUUCAACUCAUGUUUGUGUUUUUGGUACGUGUGUGGUUUUAAUAUAUUUUUGCACGAAAUCGGGCUGGCGGGAAUGCCGCGCGCAAAUCGGGCAGUAACUACCUCUGUUGGCUGAUGGUUGAUGGUGAUGUCUUCGUCGUAACGUUAAACGCACAUUAUUCUCAACCAUUCCAGGGUGAGUGAGUUAGUCGUGUGUGAAAAAGUGCGAAAAGAGUGUGAAAAACAACUGCGUUUCUAGUGGAUACCUUCCUCUCACACUAAGGUUAUUCCCCAAUAUAUAAAUUC